CUCUCACUACUACUACUACUACUACUACUACUACUACUACUACUUUCUCUCUCUUAAAAAAAACAAUGAAUGUGAAGCCAGCCAUCCAUUAAUCCAGAAAGAAACCGUUGCUGAUAAUCGAUAAAACCAACCCUUCUCCUCAAAUUCAAUUCAAUGUGCCCCAGCCCAGCCAAGCCAAGCCUUGUAAUAUUCAUUCUGGUCUGGAUUCCCUUCCAAGUGCCAACCUUUCCUUAUCAGCUUUCUGGUUAUUUGCAUUUGCACCACGUCUCUACCUUUUUUCUUAAUUUCUCUGGGAGGGAGGUUGUUGACCUGCUUCUGCUGCUGCUUUGAAACACAUUUAGGGGUAUGUGCUUUCUUGAACUUUCUUUACUGGAGUAGGUUCUUUCGUUUCGGUUUCGUGUAAUGCUGAAAUUCUUGAAUUCUUUGUGAGAGACUGUGAUGGAUCUUGAAACAGGGGUGGGUUAUCAGAGCCAAGUUCAUAAGAAGGAAUGUUGGCGGACAAUUUUCACGUUGGCUUAUCAGAGCUUGGGGGUUGUCUAUGGCGAUUUGAGCACCUCCCCAUUGUAUGUUUACAAGAACACUUUCGCAGAAGACAUCAAGCACUCUGAUACGAAUGAGGAGAUUUAUGGGGUUUUGUCGCUUGUGUUCUGGACUCUCACCUUAGUCCCUCUUCUCAAGUAUGUCUUCGUUGUUCUUAGAGCAGAUGACAAUGGCGAAGGGGGCACAUUCGCCCUCUAUUCCCUCCUCUGCAGACACGCCAGAGUCAACUCCUUGCCCAGUUGCCAGCUGGCCGACGAGGAUUUAUCCAGUUACAAAACCUCCACCAUACCUCCUGCAAAUGGCGGUGCCUCCUCCAGGCUCAAAUCCAUUCUGGAAAAGCAUCAAGUUCUGCAGAGAUUCCUUCUCCUCUUGGCCUUGCUCGGCGCUUGUAUGGUCAUUGGCGAUGGGAUUCUCACCCCGGCCAUCUCCGUGUUUUCUGCAGUUUCGGGCGUGGAGCUUGCGAUGGAGAAGGAGCAUCACAAAUACGUGGAAGUGCCGGUGGCGUGCGUGAUACUAAUGGCGUUGUUUGCUGUUCAGCACUACGGCACCCACAGGCUGGGAUUCCUGUUCGCGCCGGUGGUCUUGACAUGGCUCCUCUGCAUCAGCGCUAUCGGCGUCUACAACAUCUUCCAUUGGGAUCCCCAUGUCUACCGAGCUCUAUCCCCUCUUUACAUCUACAGAUUCCUCAGAAAAACUCAGAGGGAAGGCUGGAUGUCGUUGGGAGGAAUCUUGCUCUGCAUUACAGGUUCCGAAGCAAUGUUUGCUGAUCUCGGCCACUUCUCACAGUUGUCUAUUAAGGUAGCGUUCACGGCCGUAGUUUAUCCGGCGCUGAUCCUCGCGUACAUGGGCCAGGCUGCCUAUCUUUCUCAGCACCACAAUUUCGAAACCGACUACAAUGUCGGAUUUUACGUCUCUGUACCCAAAAAAUUGAGAUGGCCGGUGAUGGUGAUCGCAAUCCUCGCCGCAGUCGUAGGAAGUCAAGCCGUGAUCACGGGGACUUUCUCCAUCAUCAAGCAAUGCUCGGCCCUCGGCUGCUUCCCGCGCAUCAAAAUUGUCCACACCUCGUCUAAAUACCACGGCCAGAUAUACAUCCCGGAGAUCAACUGGGCUCUCAUGAUCCUCUGCUUAUCUGUCCUUCUCGGUUUCAGAGACACCAGACGCCUCGGCAAUGCCUCCGGUCUCGCCGUAAUAACGGUGAUGCUGGUGACGACAUGUCUAAUGUCGCUCGUGAUGGUUGUGUGCUGGCGCCAGAACAUAAUCCUCGCGAUCCUCUUCGUUGUGUUCUUUGGGGCAAUCGAAGCGAUGUAUUUCUCAGCAUCCCUGAUCAAAUUUCUCGAAGGCGCGUGGGUUCCCGUUGCUCUCUCGCUAACGUUCAUGAUGGUUAUGUGCAUUUGGCACUAUGGGACCGUCAAGACCUACGAGUUCGAUGUCCAAAACAAGGUCUCCGUCGACUGGCUCCUCGGACUCGGCCCCAGCCUCGGCAUUGUGCGCGUCCGCGGCAUCGGUCUCAUACACACCGACCUCGUGACGGGAAUACCCGCAAUCUUCUCCCACUUCGUCACCAAUCUCCCCGCCUUCCACCAAGUCCUCGUCUUCCUCUGCGUCAAGUCGGUCCCCGUCCCGCACGUCAGGCACGACGAGCGCUUCCUCGUCGGCCACAUCGGGCCGCGGGAGUACCGCAUAUACCGAUGCAUCGUCCGCUACGGCUACCGCGACGCGCACAAGGACGAUCUCCAAUUCGAGAACGAUUUGGUGUGCAGCAUCGCCGAGUUCAUACGGACCGAGGUGAACUGCGUCGAUCGCAGCGGCCUGUCGCCGCAGAGCGAGGAAAUGUUUGUUGUCGGGACGCCGUCGACCCAUGCAGAUGGGAUUAAGGUGUGCAACGAGGACGGGAUGAAUCCGGACGCCCCUAGCACAUCGGAAAUACGGUCUCCAGCAGCGGCGGCGCGGAAACGGGUGCGGUUUGUGAUCCCGGAGAAGGCGGAGAUGGAGAAGGGGAAGAAGGAGGAGCUCCGGGAGCUGAUGGAGGCACGUGAGGCGGGCGUGGCGUACAUGUUGGGGCACUCGUAUGUUAGGGCGAAGCAAGGGUCGAGCUUGGUGAAGAAAGUGGUCAUCGAUUUUGGGUAUGAUUUUUUGAGGAGGAAUUGCAGGUCUCCGUCCUAUGCUUGGACUCUGCCUCACGCUUCCACUCUUGAAGUGGGGAUGGUGUACAGUAUAUAAUAGUACAUACUUACUAUCGUAUAAAUAUAUAUAUAUAAUGUAGACUAGGCUGGCACACCAUUAUACAUACUGUAACUCACUCAACUCAGCUCAGCUCAAAUCUUUCUUGUAUUAGUUUUGAUGUGCUCUGCUCUGUAAUUAGAAUUAGAAGAAGAUCGAUCGUGUACAUAAGAACGAGAAACACGAAGAAGACGACCACGGUGAUGAUGAUGAUAUGAUUGAUGGGUAUAGAAUUCAACAA